UUUACCAUCAUGGAAUUACGGCCUGAUGCCUCAAUUACAGCAAUUAAGAAACGCUACUAUGAACUAGCUAAGCGUCUCCAUCCAGAUGCACCUGGCGGAGAUCUUGAAAGGUUUAGAGAACUAUCCAAAGCGUACGAGUUCCUUUCAAAUCCUAUCAAACGCGAUACUUUUACCAAAACCGGUCUA